AUGAGGGAGAAAGUUAGAAAUGUCUCCAGCUACGCAAUAGAUCAAACCGCGUCGUCCGAUGCAUCCUCCCUCCAAGUUCUGAACGAGUUCCGAACACAUCUGAUAGCUGAAGGAGCGGUUCUUCUUCCAUCCAAAGAGCUCACAGUGGAUGAAUUCGAUGAGCUGGAAGUUUUGCGCUUACUUCCAAUGAUCGUCGACUUCAUGAAGUCAGAUGCGCUCUCGCCGAUGGAACAGGAUGCGUUUGAACACAUUUUCGGCAGUAUCUGGGAGCUAGUGGUCGAGGAGUCACAAAGGCAUCGAGGACAGCCGCGAAAUCCCAUCCUCUCCGCUCUGUUAGCUUCACCGGAGAUACGCCAAACCCAGUCCGAGCAAGCACCAACGCUCAAUAACGACAUUGAUCGCAACCUCAUCACAAAGGAGUUCAAACCGACCGCAGCAACGUCGGUCUCUCAGGAGGCUCCCUCGCAGCGUGUCCUGCAUACGGCGGCAGCGAUCGUUCAGAAGUAUUAUCUACGCCAAACAAAACAUAAAAGCACCAACAAACGCAAAACUGCACCCACACGUCGAACCCAACGGCUCAGAAGCACCGCCGUGCACACCAAACAGCUGUCGGCGGACUCGAUCCGAGUGACGAUCGAACUGCCACGUUACAAGCGCUCGAUUGCCAAACCGAAACAAUCGAUCGCCGAGGAUGAGGAGGACGCGGAAAUGGAGGCAAGGAUUUUGGCCGCCAUUCAGGCACAGAUCGGAAACCCCAGUCUGGAGGAGGAGGAAGAUGACGAAGACGAGGAAAGUGUGCCAUCCCGUACGGAGGAAGAUUCGUCAGAGUACUUGGACGAUGAGGCUGACUAUAUGGGCAUCCUAGGUGAUGAUGAUGACGAUGACGACGAUGAUGAUGACGACGAUGACGAUGAUGAGGAAGAGGAAAAGAAUGCAGGACAUACAGCGAAGGGUGCGCGCUUUGCGGCGAAUGCAAACGAUUUCGAAAAUCCGUCCUUCAAUGAGCUGCUCCAGUUAGCUGCCCGCCAUCGUGCAAUUCAGCAGCAGCGACAGAAGCAACAGAAAUAUCUUGCCUACCGGAAAUCGCCUCCAAAUCGCUACAGCAGCUACGAGGAUUACUAG